AUGGCAGAAGAGAAUCAACCGGCCUACCUCUCACCCAGUGAGCUGGGCACCAAAGACUACUGGGAAACAUAUUAUGCCCGCACCCUCGCCCACAUCUCCAACCCCUCAGACUCAACCAAGCCCGAAGACGACGCAGACUCCGACUCCGACGUCAACGACGAAGACGACCCCGGCACAUCCUGGUUCUCAGAACACAACGCCCCUCAAAAAGUCCUCCACUUCCUCACCCGCAAAUCCUUCCCCUUGUCCCCGCGCAAUACCCGCAAUGGCGCCGCGCAACCUCGGAUCCUGGACCUGGGAACAGGGAACGGGAGUAUGUUAGCCCUGUUACGCAAGCGGGGCGAAUUUGCAGGCGAGAUGGUUGGAGUGGAUUAUUCCGCGCAGAGCGUUGAGUUGGCAAGAGAGUUGCAGCGCUCGAGGGGACAUUCUGCAUAUCAUACUGAUUCCGAGGAAGAGAAUAGUGAGAAUGAAGAUGAAAAUGAAGAUGGGGAGAAGACGCAGGGUGAGGAAGUACCUAUUCGGUUUGAAGAGUGGGAUGUCCUUGGUUCAAAGGCUUGUCUUUCGCCUUCUGGAGAUGCCGUCGAGGUUACUGGUGAGGUAUUGGACUGGUUUCCUUACCAGCAGGGCGGCUUCGAUAUUGCGCUUGAUAAGGGGACUUUCGACGCUAUCUCCUUGGCAGAUGAUGCGAAGGAGACAAUGGUUUGUGAGCGGUAUCCUGAUAUUGCGAGGCGGUUGUUAAGACGGGGUGGGUUCCUUGUUGUGACGAGCUGCAACUGGACGGAGGAUGAGCUUGUGAAGUGGUUUACUGGGGCAGAGGGGAAGGAUAGACUGGUUGUUUGGGGACAUGUGGAAUAUCCGCGGUUUAGAUUUGGGGGACAUGAAGGGCAGGGGGUGUGUACGGUUUGUUUCCAGAGGGUUGUAGAUGCUUGA